AUGUCAAAGUUUGAAUCGCUUGCGUCGGCUUGGAAACAACUGAAGCAUUGGCCGAGCCAGGAGGAACUCGAAAGCUGGCGGUUGGACUACUACGCAACAACAGAAUUUGUCUACGAAGAUUCGGAAGAUGAGAAUGACGGCGAAGGUGAAGGCGGCGAUGAAGGCAGCGAUGAAGGCGAAGAGAAGUAA